AUGUCAGACAUUAAGAUUGCAACAAUUGAUACCAAACCAUUCCAAGAUCAAAAGCCAGGUACUUCAGGUUUGAGAAAGAAAGUGACAGUUUUCCAACAGCCCCACUAUACAGAGAACUUUAUUCAAGCAAUUUUGGAUGCAAUCCCAGAGGGUAGCAAAGAUGCAACCUUGGUAAUUGGUGGUGACGGAAGAUACUACAAUGAUGUGGUUAUCCAAUUGAUUAUCAAGAUUGCUGCAGCAAAUGGUGUAAAGAAAGUUAUCUUGGGUCAGAAUGGUAUCUUGUCAACACCAGCAACCUCGCAUGUGAUUAGGUUGUUGGGUGCGACGGGUGGAAUCAUCUUGACGGCAAGUCACAACCCAGGUGGUCCAAAGAAUGAUUUGGGAAUCAAGUACAAUUUGGGUAAUGGAGGACCUGCCCCUGAAUCGGUGACAAACAAGAUUUUUGACAUUUCAAAAACGUUGACCAAUUACAAGUUGGCACAAUUGGAAGAUGUUGAUAUUUCCAAGAUUGGGCAAGUUAAAGCUGGGCCAAUUGAGGUGGAAGUUAUUGAUUCCACAAAGGACUAUGUUGAAAUGUUGAAGGAUAUUUUUGAUUUCCCAUUGAUCAAGUCGUUCUUGGAUAAGGCCACUAAAGAACAAGAUUUCAAAGUCUUGUUUGACGCAUUAAAUGGUGUCACUGGUCCAUACGGGUACAAGAUUUUCAUUGAAGAGUUGGGCUUGCCUGAAUCCUCAAUCCAAAACUAUAAACCAUUGAGUGAUUUUGGUGGAUUGCAUCCUGAUCCAAACUUGACGUAUGCGCAUACAUUGGUUGAGAGAGUAGAUAAGGAAAACAUUGCAUUUGGUGCUGCUUCGGACGGUGAUGGUGAUAGAAAUAUGAUUUAUGGCGCUGGCACAUUUGUAUCACCGGGUGACUCAGUUGCCAUUAUAUCGGAGUACGCCGAUGCUAUUCCAUAUUUUAAAAAACAAGGUAUUUAUGGAUUGGCUAGAUCAAUGCCAACUUCAGGAGCAAUUGAUUUGGUGGCCAAGGACAAGGGAGUCGAUGUUUACGAAGUCCCCACUGGCUGGAAGUUUUUCUGUUCCUUAUUUGAUGCCAAGAAAUUGAGUAUUUGUGGAGAAGAAAGUUUUGGUACUGGAUCCAACCACAUUAGAGAAAAGGAUGGAUUGUGGGCUAUUGUUGCUUGGUUGAACUUAUUGGCAGACUAUCACAAAUCAAACCCAGGCAAGCCAACAUCGAUUGAAGUUGUUCAAAAUUCAUUCUGGGACAAGUAUGGAAGAACGUUUUUCACUAGAUACGAUUAUGAGAAUGUGUCGAGUGAAGGCGCCAACAAAUUGAUUGACUUGUUGCAGAGCAUAGUAGAUGAACGUAAACCAGGUGAUGAGUUGGCUCCUGGUUACGCCAUCAAGCAAGCUGAAAACUUUUCAUACACCGAUUUGGACGGGUCAGUUUCCUCCAAGCAAGGAUUGUUUAUCAAGUUUACCAAUGGGUUGAGAUUUAUUGUGCGUUUAUCAGGAACUGGAUCUUCUGGAGCCACUGUGAGAUUGUACUUGGAAAAGCAUUCAAAUGACCCAUCAACUUAUCAAGUCAAAGUUGAUGAAUACUUGGCCAAGGAUGUUGAAUUUGUGUUGAACUUGUUGAAGUUCAAACAGUUCUUGGGUAAGGAGGAACCAGAUGUUCGUACUUAG